AUGAUACGUAUCAUUCAUUUUGUUCAAUCACAAUCAUCAUCAUCAUCAUCAUGGGUAACCAUUGAAACUUUUAAUGAACCAAAAUGUACAUUGGAUAGUUCAAGUAUUGGAGGUAUCGUUUUACAAUCGGGUGGUUGUGUCAAAGGACAACAAGUAUCUUGUGGUGCCAAUAAUGUCGUCACUGUUCAGCAAUACAAAGAUCAAGAAUGUCAAACUACUGUCGCCAACUCUACCGAAUAUACAUCGGGUGAAUGUAACACUGUGUCUCAGGUCAAUGGUUUCUACAAGACUUAUACCUGCUCGGCUGCAACUCCAUCAUAUCCAAUUCGUUCAUUGUCCAUCUCUACUUAUAGUGCUUGUAAACUCAGUCCAAACCUACUCACUGGUUUCCGUUGGAUCCCAUCUUACAAGUGUAUGGCCAUUGAAAGAGGUUUCAUUUCUACUAGUGGUACUGGUACUGGUACUCCUACAUCUGCUGCAUCUAUCACAUCAGCAUCAGCAUCAGCAACUUCGGUAUCUCCAACAUCUGCAUCUGCAUCUGCAUCUGCAUCUUCGGGAUCAUCAGGAUCAUCAGGAUCAUCAGGAUCAGUUUUACGUUCACACAACCAUAUCAACUUGAAGAUUAAUUCAAUGGAUAUAUUGGAUAAAUAUUUUGAUUUCCUAGAUUCUAUCAAUUUUAAUAAUAAUGAUAAUCAGGAAGAGGAAAGAUUAGGUAGUGGAUCAGGAGGUAGAUUAGGAAGUACAGGUAGUGGUUUAACAGGUACAGGAUUUGGAACUGGUACAGGUACAACUGGAAGUAGUGGUGCUCAACCAAACUGGGCCUCAUUUGGUAUUGUUGCUUGUAACCAAACUGAUAAUGCCAUUCUCACCUAUGACAAUGGAGUUUUACCAUCUACCACUUCUGGUACUGCUGGUGGUAUCUUGUCUACCGGCAAGUAUGCAUCUGGUGACCCAUACGGUUCAAAUAUGGAUAUUCCAAGUACUAGUACUAGUGCAUCGGGAGGUUCAGGUUCAGGUGGUUCAGGUUCUGGAAGUUCAGGAGGAUCAAGCUCAUCUUCAGGUUCGGGCACUCAAAAUGGGUGUUCCAUUCAAUUCAACUCUGCUGGUGGUGGAAAGAAUAUACAACAAUGCUAUCAAAAUGAAUUAUUAUCUGUUACUUGUACUCCACCGUAUCAUUCCUAA